AGCCAACUCCAAGAUAGCCAGGGCUACACAGAGAAACCCUGUCUUGAAGAAACAAAACAAACACUGUUUUCCCAGCUGUAUCUGUAUGUUUCUCUAUGUGUUCCCUGCUCCAGUGCAGUGAAGUUCCCUCAGUGUGACCUUUUUCAUUUGCUCUGUUGUUUCGUCCUUGAGCCCUUACUUUCUUGAAUCCAUGGUGUUGUAUUCUGUAACUCAGAGGGCUGCAGGGAGUGUCCUGUUUCUGCUCGACCUUGUUCCUUCAUCACCCCUGCCCUUCCCCUUGUUUUUUGUCUUUCAGUCUCUCCCGCCCCCUCUCCAUCCCUUCCUCCCCCUCUUUUUUUUCUUUCUCUCCCUCUUCCUCUCCACCCACUUUCUAUUUACCAUCUCCCUUCUUUCCUUAUUAUUUAUUUUUGAUGUUUUUGGCCUCAGGUUAGAAUAUGCUAAGCACAGGCUGUCCCGAGCCACACCCCAGCCCCCUACCCUUCCUUUGAAAGGGUUUGUGCUUCCUGUGGAAUAUGGGUACAUUCUCAAUUCCAUACCCAGUACUCACCACUCAGGUUUUUUUAUUUUUAGAUUUAGUUCAUGGGUAUGCGUGUCUUGCCUGCCUGUGUGUACCACAAGAGUUUCCCAUGCCUACAGAAUUCAGACGAGGGCAUUAGAUCCCCUGGAACUAGAGUUACAGAUGGUUAUGAAAUGCCAUUUGGGUGCUUGGAAUUGAACUUGAAUCCUUGCAAGAUCAGCUAGUGCUCUUUUUAAAAUUUUAUUUAUCAUGUAUACAGUGUUUUGCCUGCAUGUGUCCCUGAAGGCCAGAAGAGGGCAUUACAUUACAGAUCUCAUUACAGAUGGUUGCGAGCCACCAUGUGGUUGGUGGGAACAGAUCUCAGGACCUCUGCAAGAGCAGCCAGUGUUGUUAAGUUCUGAGCCACCUCUCCAGCCCCUCUUUACCAUGGUUAGAAGAGCCCACUUCCACAGCCCACUCAGGAGUUGCCAACUCUCCAUCUUUGCCCUCUGAUAACCAGGGCGUGUGGGCGUGUCCAGCUGAACAAUUAGAGUCUUCGCCCUUCCUUGACCUUCAUUCUUCACAGUCCCCCACACAGGACUGACAUUUUCCUAGCUGACUACUGUUUCCUGUUCCCUUCCCCACCCAACUCUCAUUUUUUUUUUUAAAUCCUUAUAUUUACCUCCACUAGAGAAAAUACUGGGAUUGCUCUUAGAGAACUAAUCCUUGGGAAACGGGAUUGCUCUCAGAGAAUGAAACAUUGGGAAAUGGGUUUGCUCUCAGAGAACAAAUCAGAACAGUAGACACAAAGUCAGCUUGAAGAGCAGAUCCAGGAUGGAGCAUACCAGACAGAACCAUUAAAAACCAUAUCUGUCAGAAGAGGGGGCCCCAGUGACACUAGCUGGCUCAACAAAGGGAGAGCCACAUAGGCAGGCUCCAUCCAAGAGCAGAGAGUCCUGCAGGCCAAUAGAAUAUCCUAGGCUGUCUAGGCUGACUCCUGACAGGAGCCUGCACUGCUGUGACCAAAACUCUACCUGAGGAAAGUAAACUGUGGCUCAUACAGAGCCUGGGGUUCUGUGUAUCACGGGGUGGAGGAGGGGACAGAGUGGAGCCGCUCACACUACAGUGGCCAGGAAGCAAAAAGGAGGCUAAAGGAAGGAGCUUCGGGAACACAGCCUCCAAGGAAGUACCCUGUGAGCUUCCAUCACCUCCCAAUAACACCACUGUGUUAUGAGUCCAUCUGGGGAAUCAUUUCUCAGCUCAGAGCCCAAGUACCCACCCUUUGUGGCACCAUCUCCCGGUGGCCAUGUGGAGAGGGUGCUAGAACUGCUUCUGGGAGGAAGGACCCGGAAGGGCCAUGGGAUCCAAACACAAGUAGGCAUUGUCACCCGUAAGUCUGCAACAGGCGGUGUCUGGAGUGGUGCGGCAAGGGCAAGCAAGGAUCCAGCUCAAUGUAGAUGGCUGGGGCAGGAGCAGUGCCACACCGCAGAGUGCAAGGCCCUGUGGGCCAUCAUUUUCUUCAUGCAGUUUACUUUAGAUCACUUUUGGAGUAGACAUCUCCUGGCCCCCAUUUCUGAUGCCCUUUCUGACCACGUGUCUGCUUAAAUUCUCUUCAUUCUUAAACUGUCACCCUCAAGUAUUUACAAAUCUGUGCUGGCCAGGAACCUAAACUCCACAUGUCAUGUCCUCACGAGAAUGUCUUCUUGAAAAUGGAGAGGAGGACACUUGCAUUUGCAGAAGGAUAAAGGAUAGCAGUUAGAGAGCGGCUAACCUGGGCUACUUAAUGAAGAGCCCAUCUGAGGAGAAUGAGAGACCUCUGAACACACACACACACACACACACACACACACACACACACACACACACGGCUCCUUUCUUGUUCAUGCGGAUAUUCCUAGUCUUAUUUCAAAGGCUGUCCUGGGACUGGAGAGAAGGCUCAGCAGUGCCUGCUGCUCUUGCAGAGGACCUGGGGUGGGCACUUAAUGUUCCUAUCACGACUCAGUUCUACCAUAAACAUCACAGUAGGCAGGACCUACGGAGCCAGGCAGCUGGACACAGCAUCUCACCCUCCCUUGCUCUUUCAAUGGCACUGGCAGCCUCCUUGUCUUACCAAAUCCUGAGGGUGGGGGUCAGGUCUAUGAGGCUCCUUCCUGUCCUGCCCUCAGAGUCUACUGUGUUAUGAGCUGGGUGCCACAUCCACAGCUCUGCAGCUGUUUCUGAGAUUGUCCCCUGAGGAUCUGUCCACACCUCAGAAGGGACCUGGGAGCUCACAGCCCCUGGCCCGAGCCCCCCCACCCCCACCCCGUUACCAAGAGAAAGGAGGCUGUUGCCAAGGACUCCAGGGGAGUGGACUCAACUCUGGUCCAGACCCAAGGCACCCAGCCCUCCUGGAGACAUUGUGUGAGCCAGGCUGGGCCUCCAGACACAGCCCCUGCCGCCCCACCCCAGCCAGGGUGGUGCUUGUGUGGGAAGGACUUUUAAGUCCAGCCGCCAGACCCCUGAUCUGGAGAGACGGAGAGGGCUGGCCACCAUGCUCAGCUCCUGCAGCCUCUGGGCCACGCUGCCCACACUUCUGCUGCUGCUGACUGUCACUGGCCCCACCUCAGCCCUCACGGAGGAUGAGAAGCAAACCAUGGUGGAGCUUCACAACUUCUACCGUGCCCAGGUGUCCCCACCAGCCUCAGACAUGCUACAGAUGAGGUGGGACGACGACCUAGCGGCCUUCGCCAAGGCCUAUGCGGAGAAGUGCGUGUGGGGUCACAACAAGGAGCGCGGGCGGCUCUGGAGCAAGACUGAGAGAAUUGGCUGUGGUUCCCACUUCUGUGAGACGCUCCAGGGAGUGGAGGAAGCCAACAUCCAUUUGUUGGUGUGCAACUAUGAGCCUCCGGGAAACGUGAAGGGGCGCAAGCCCUACCAGGAAGGGACACCUUGCUCCCAGUGCCCCCUUGGCUACAGCUGCGAGAACUUUCUCUGCGAACCCACAAGAAACCCGGAACAGGCGCAGGAUUCUCCUCCACGGGUGACCGAGGUCCCUUCCACCCGGGCAGCUGAAGCCCCAAGCUCCAGAGAAACCGGUACUCCGUCCCUAGCAACCUCUGAGACUCUACGUUUCUCCUCGGUAACAAAGGUCUCGGACUCCCUGGCAACCGAGUCCUCACCUGCGGUAGAAACAAAGGCCCCAUCUUCCUUAGCAACGGAAGGCCCCUCCUCCAUGGCAACAGAGGCUCCAUCUUACCUAAGGGAGGUCUCCUCCAUUUCCGAUGCUCACAUCCAGCCCUCACUGGAUGAAGAGCCAGUUAACUUUCUCACAUCACCACAUGCCCCUGUCACCAAAUAUACGGACAAAGACGCCAGCAAGUCAAGUGCAACCUCCCUGAGCCCAGAGAAAUCUCCCUACCCCAAGAUGUCCCCGACACAGACAGGAGAGGUGCUACCCCAGACCCAGGUGGAGACUGAGGCCCAGUUGCCUGAGGCGGAGGCAGAGUUGCCUGAGGCAGAGGCCGAGUUGCCUGUUUCCAGUGAGGUGGUGGUGCCAGUUCUUCCAACCCAGGAGCUCAGCGGGCAGCAGGCCUCACUGGACCACUCGGGCCACCCUGCCUCCACGGCCCUGCCCAACUUCCCCAGGGCCUCUGCCUGGGCUAAUGCCUCAGUUGGGCGCACCCUGGCCUUACAAUCAACCGGGACAGGUGCAGAGAACCCUGAAAAGGCUGGCUGGGAUUUGAAGCAGAGUUCUGCUCACGUAUGGGGCCCUUUCCUGGGACUGCUGCUGCCUGCCCUGCUGUUGGCUGGCAUAUUCUGAAGGGGACACUCAAAGGCAAGGCCUGGAGAAGAGGUUGCUGUGGAACUGCUAUGUCCUCCAUCCUGUCCCCAGCCCUCAAACUUAAAAUUCUGCCUGGCUGAAGGCCCUCUGGAAGGGAAAAGCUGUGGAGUCCAGCUCACCAGAAACUGCACACCAGGGCCCCUCCUGCCCCUUACAACAGUGUCCCACAGAGGGCAUGAUUCUGAGGAUAUCUGCCUGCCCCUCAGGGUGGUGGGUAGGGUGCUGUCUGCCCACAGGCUCAAGGGCUCCUGAUCUGAGUGCCCAUGUGGCCUGGACCAGGAGGGGCAGGUGAAGGACAAGCCCCACCCAAGUGGGGUUCUGUGGGUGGGGAGACAGGGAGGAGGUGACCCUGACUCCUGAAUAAAGACUGAGAGCUGUGGGACAUCGGCUCCCGCCCACCUA